AUGCCCGAGACCCUCGAGAUGUAUCACGACCCGACGCGUUUCUGGAGAGAUGCGAUGAACAUGGCUGGUCAACCCCGAGAUGCGACCAAAUGCGAGCGACGCGGUUGCCUGUCGGGUUCUCAAGGUCGACAAUGGAGAGAUACUUCCAAACGACAACGGCGGACACACGCGUGGGGCUCAACCUGCUGGACACUCACUUUAUGUUUGAUAAUAUUGCUGUCAUCACCCGCCACUGCAGCAUUGUUAAAUUUCGAGAACUGCUUGAGCAAAGCUAUCAUCGACUCCAACCCUUUAACGCUUCAAUACGUACCACUGGACGUGGCAGUGAGGUUUAACUUGAACGAUCCUUUACACCCGUUGAAUGUCACGGUAUAUGGCAAUGUCUCGGGAACCGCUGACAAGACGAGCGACUAUCCCUCAGAGGAUGAUCCCGACUGGACUAACCCUAACAUCACCGAAGGGAAAAUCGUGGACUUGGAUACCUCGACUAAUGUGUUGACCACCCUCUUCACCAGUUUUGAGGUCUUGAAUUACGCUCCCUUUCACAAUGCAUCGAGCUUUUGCUCGUCCGUGGUGCAGGGAGACUGUCCACUGGCUCCAGUGUUUCAUUACAACCUGAGCGAUUUGAGUACCCUUCGUGCAUUCUCCAUCGAGCAUGAUAUGCUUUCCACCUACCGAUUCUCUACAAUAAACCCAACCUUCAUCGUUCGGUCUGGAGAUGCGGCUAGCGACAUGCUCGCAUGUAUAUCAGUGCCGGUCACACCGGAUUUCGGGGAAAACCUGAAAAAUGCGCUAGCUUAUGUGCCAGUUGUAAUCUUGAUAUUGGUUGGCAUUGGGGCAAUUACCGCGGCAAUGUUCACACCAUGGGGCACCACAGAUAUCUUUCGAUGGACCAGUAAUUACGGCCGCGAUGAAGACAUUUUGCGUCUCGUCACUCCUGGCUUUGCUGAUUGCUUGCAAUAUCUUCAAUUCAUUGUGCUUACCGGGUCACUGUCGCUGAAUUACCCAGGAUUCUUUCAGCCCGCCGUCAGCCACGGAGCUUGGUCGGCCCUGAUGUUCAACCGCAGCUUUGUCCACUCCGGGGGCUAUGAGCCACUUGUGGAUGGAGUAUAUGCUGUCAAUGGCACAUAUGGACUGGAUCGAAUGAGGCAGCUGGUUGGAAUGACCUCCAACCAGGAUAUCUGGCCUGGAAUGAUCGUUUGGCUUCUGGUUAUCCUAGGAGCCGUGGCUCUGUUGAUUCAGCUUGGCUUCUUAUUUCGCUGGGUACACCGCGAACUGGCGCAUAGUACGGAACAAGAUUUGCGCGCCAAGAACAUGCCUUUUACCGUGGGCAAUGUCAUUCGUGUCGUGUUCAACUACCUUCUCCUUCCCAUCAUCUCCCUCUCCUUCUUCCAACUUGUCACGGCACAGGGCUCUCCCGCGUAUAGUGUUGCAUUGGCCGCAGUGGUAAUUGUUAUUCUCAUCUGCUUCUCAAUUUGGUUUAUUCGAAUUAUUGUGUCUACUCGACCCAAAUCUCACCUAUUCGACGACCUUCCAACCGUCUUGCUGUACGGUCCGCUCUACAACACUUAUUGUGACGAUGCCGCAGCUUUUGCAAUCGUGCCGAUCUUCGUCAACUUCGCGCGCGGUGUAGCUAUUGGCGCUUUACAGCCAUCGGGGAUUGCCCAGGUCGUUUUGCUCGCCAUCUGCGAGGUUGUGACGGUGCUCACUCUAAUCGCGUUUAGACCAUUUCCCGGCCCGACUCACAUGAAUCUUUAUCAGUUUUUCUUUUCUUUCAUACGGUUCUUGACAAUAAUACUGAGCGUGGUUUUUGUACCAUCUCUAACCAUAUCAUCCGCUGCACGCGGCUGGAUCGGUUAUGUGAUCCUCAUACUGCACGCCUUGGUUUUAAUAUUUGGAUUUUUCCUAAGUGCUCUUCAAACAUUGAUCGAGGUUCUAGCACGACUUGCUGGUGCCGGUGGUGCCACUCGUGGUGGCCUUGUCAAGGUCUUUGGGAAGCGUCAAUUGUCUAGGCGUGUACCUCGACGGGAUAUUACUCGGCAAAGUCUAGGGUCUGAGGCGGCUAUGCUUGCGAAUGUCGAUGAUCGCAUGUCAUCACAAUUUGAUGGGUCACGACCUCGAAGUCUAUCUGGGAGCUCGGCCCUCCUUUUGAACCGCGCCACUGCGAGCGAAGGACGUGCUAGUGCAGCACUGGAUUAUGCUAGUUCACAGGGCGGUCAUAGCCGUUCUCCAAGCGCUAACUUGAUUGCGCAAUCUCCCACUGCCUACACAGGGGCAGGCUUCCCCGUUGCGGCGUCUCCAAGCAGUAGCACAUUCCUCGGUGGCUCCCCGCGUGAUCCAUAUUACCGCCCCCCUCGUCCUGGUCGACAAACGCCCCAGCAAGGUCCUGGGGAAAGGAGCAAGCGAAGUUCUAGGAGCUUUAUGAAACCAUCCCGGGGUGACACGGACGAGUCAAUCGGUGAUAUCUCCGGACGAAAUACUCCUGUGCCAGCGUAUUUGCCAGCACCUAAGGAUGAUAUGGAGAUGGAUGAUUCUCAGCAACCGAAAGACUAUGCUGUUCGCGAAGUCGACUUUUAUUACCGAGUUCGUGGCCCGCCACUUUCUCAUACUGGCACUCGCAAGUUGAAGACAGGGCCUGCUGAUCCGACUGGUCCUGUUUCGUCUGCUACGGGUUGGUUCCGCAACAUGUUCCAAGGCAAAACCAAGGACAAAGGUAAAGGGUUUGAGGUUGUUCGAAGCGCUCGUGCUCCUCCCCCUGCUCUUGUCCCGGAGGCUCAGUACCAAGAGGAGUCAUACCAUGAUGAUCCUGAAGACUUAGGUGCUGGCGGAAAGUCCCGGAAUGUAUCCGCGGGUGAGGAGCUAUACAGAGAUUCUGAAGGUGAUCACACAAGCGAGCCCAAAAGACUCAGCAAUACAGAAGCCCCAGUCCUUCCGCAAGUGACUUCUGUUGGCAGUAUCGAGCUACCUAGCCGAAAUGGAUCGCGCCGCACACAAGGCGGAUCAGAGACAGGUGGAGAGGACGGGGCAUCAGUUCUCCCUGCCGUGACUGAAGCGUCUUCACAUUCAAGAUCUCAAUCGAGAGCUAGUACAACUCGAGCAGACUCCGACCACCUGCGCCCAGACACACCCAAUGCAGCACGUUUACCCUUUAGCGGUGAUAGUUCGCCGUCUCGUGAACGAGGCCAGUCCGUUGCAUCAACAUCCGCCUCAUUUACAUCAAGCCAUCGCACUGGCCAUGAUGGAGCCCGUUCCGAACGACCAUCUAGUAUGGGAUAUGUGCCACAGCAUCGCACGCAAGAUAACAUCCACGAGGCAGACCCCGAAGAGCCGUCCUUUGCCGGCAGUUCUGCAGAACUAGUUGACGAGCACAUACGCGAUGAACAAUAG